AUGGCGGCAUCCAACAUCACGGACAACUCUCUCGCCGCAGUGAUGGAGGAUCCGUUUGUUUCCACUAAUGGGCAGCCCCCCGCGCCCCGCGAAUCUCAUCGCUACUCGCCCUUCGAUACACAACUUUUCAGUCUCAAUGCUUCUUCGCCAGCACAGGCCAAGCGAGCCCUCGAAGCCCAUCUCGCCGAGACCGAACGUCGUCUUGAGGAAGCGUCCAAGUUGGGAACUGCGCUUAUCGACCAACAACGGCAACUCGAGGAGCAACUGAAGGAGGUUGAACAGCAGCAAGAUGAAGGAGAAAUAGGCCCGGAACUCCAACAGAAACUCGCCGAUCUGGAACGUGAAUAUAGUGAAAUUGGCCGAGAGACAGCUCGCGCAUUUUUGGCUCCAAAGCGCCUGGCUGGAGGUGAAGAUGCUCCGCCGGGUACUCCUGGAUUCGAUCAAAAGUCUCCUAUUAGCCCCGCUCUUUUCGCCAGCCAGGCGACCAACUCUCCCAGCAAAGUCAGCGUUCCGUCCCGCAAGCAGCGCAAUCAACCAGCCAGUCGUGUGCACGACAUCGAAUUUGCGACCGAAAUUUCUACCUCUCUUCUAGCCCAAGUCCGUCAAUUACAGGCGCUUCUCGCGGAACGCGAGGAAUCCCUGAAAAAUGUGAAUUUGGAGAAAUCACGAUUGGAAUUGGAGGCCGAGGCCUAUUCACAACGCAUUCGAUCGCUCGACGACAGCGAACAGCGCUAUAAGGACGAGAACUGGGCGUUAGAAACGCAGACCCAUGAGCUAAUGGCAACCAUCAGAGACGCUAUCGAACGUGAAAAGAAACUCAACAGCAGUCUUAGCGCAUCCAACUCCGAAAAAAGCGCCAUAGAGCGAGAACUCGAGGAGCUGAAGCAAGUCAACGCAAAGCUUUUGGAGGACCAGAUGGAGGUACAAAAAGCCAACGAUUCUGAACUGCACCUCUUGCGUCGGAAUCUAAACGCUGGCGAUUUGGAGAAAUCUGCUCUGCAGAAGAAGCUGGAAGAGCUGACCUCUCAGAAUCAAGAGCUGGCGAAGGGGUUGGCUAUGCGCAUCCGAAACUACGAGUCCCAAGGCUCUCGUGAUAUCACUGCCGACAACGAGGGUUCCGACCAAGAACAUAUCACGCCCGAAAGCUCUCCGCCCCAGUCCCCCAACAAAUUCACCCUCGUCACGAACCUCAAGAGCACUAUUCAUCGGGAGAAGACGGAGAAAAUGGAGCUCAAGCGCAUGUUGCAAGAGACACGCGAUGAGGUUGAGCAGAAACGCCGUGAGGCCGUUGCUCCAAGCUCGAGCAAGCGCCCGAAGACCAAGCAAGACUCCGUCCGCAAACCUCUUCGUCCAGAUCUUCUGGGUGCUGGCCGCAAGGAGAAGGCCUUUGUUGAACUUCAUGACACCGAUUGGGAGGACAAUGCUGGUCAGAUGAGCCCCACUCGCCCGGUUGUGGCAGCUAUGCCCACAGGCCGUGCUGGUGCUCGCUCUCCUGAUGGACCUAGCGAUGUCUACCAAACUGCCACCGAGGCUGAGGAUGGAUUUGAGACCGCCAAUGAGCGCGCUACCGCUACUGAGAGCGAAGCGUUCCAGACCGGUAUGGAAAGCAUGGCGGGCGACAGCAGCGACGACUCUGCAGACCUCACUGAGACAGAGAACAACAUUCAGAAAACACCACGCAGUCGAGUUACCUCAUCUUUGGUCAUGGCCAAAGCCCGUGACCGCACUUCGUGGCACAGUUCGGCUUCCACCUCGGACGAUGACCAACCCGACGACGGAGGUGCUCCCUCGCCAAGCCAAACUCACAUUUCUCGCCCUCGUGUUAGGAAUAAGCGAAGUAUUUUGAGACGUAUUCGCCCCUCUGGGGAAGCCCCAUUGGCCUCUAUCAGCCGGCCGGGAAGUUCGCGCAACUCCCCUGCCCCAACCUCCGAGCAAGAGACAAUAGCUCAGGAGGGUCAAAGCCUGUUCGCCGAGCUUGCAGAGCUGGAAGGUGGUGAAGAAGAUGAGGAUGAAGAAUUCCCAGAGGCUUCUACUCCACGCAUGGGAUCUGUAUCUGGGUCUCGCAGACCCUCUGAGGCAAUACCUGAUUCACCGCUUAGACCAACUACGGUCGAUAGCGGUGUGAUGACCGAACCUUGGGAGCCUACCAUUCCUGUCGCCAUUAUUGGCGAAGCCGCUCUCCCAGAAGCCCCGAGUACUCCCCAAAGAGGCUUGACUGCGAAUCGAGAUAUCGACGCUGAGGCUCAGGAAACACCCAAACUAGUUAGCUCCGGUACUCAAUGGACACCUCUCAAGCCCUCGGCGAUUGAGAAUGACCACCUGACGAAUGUUCCCACGCCACCGAAGAUGGCCUGGGACCAGCGAUCUGUUGGGAGUCAAGGAGUCGAGGCAGGCACUCAAGCCGAGCCGGCUGAGAUGGGAAUGGCCACCAUCACCACCCAGGAGACUGUGCCCGAGGUACCCACAUUCACAGAAUUGGGCAUUUCAUACGUUUCUGGAGGCGUAGUUGAGCCUGUGAAGCAUGAGAUUCAUCUGCCCGAGCCUGUGAUUGUCGAGCGAGUUGUCGAGCGUGUGCGGGAAUUGCCCCAACCAGCAUUGUCAUCUCUUCACACGCAUCACUCGAUUGAACCUGUCCUGGCAGUGAUUCCUGAUCCAGAGCCUGUCAUUGUUGAGCGAAUUGUCGAGCGUGAGCGAGAAUUGCCCCAGCCAGCAUUGUCAUCUCUUCAUACGCAUCACUCAAUCGAGCCUGUUCUGGCAGACAUGUUUAUUCCGGAGCCAGUGGUUGUCGAGCGCAUUAUCGAGCGUGAACGGGAAUUGCCCCGGCCAUCCUUGUCGUCUCACCACACGCAUCAUUCAAUUGAGCCUGUUCUGGCAACCAUCUCUGUGCCGGAGCCGGUGGUUGUUGAGCGCAUUGUCGAGCGCAUCGUCGAGCGUGAACGUGACUUGCCUCGGCCAUCCUUGUCAUCUCAUUUCACUCAUCACUCCACCGAGCCUAUCCGGGCAACAAUCCCACACCCUGCGCCUGUCAUCCCGGUCGAGCCUAUGCGGGAAAUCCCUCAACUAUCCUUGUCGUCUCUCUUUACUCAUCAUUCCACCGAGCCUGUUCACGCCCGACUCCCAGAACCUGAACCCUUGCCUGAACCUCCUGUUGUCGAAGCAGCUCCAUUAUCCUCGCUGGGAGUGUCGAGUAUUGUCUCUGAACACACUGAGCCUGUUCAGCCUCAGCUUCCAGAACCCGUCCCGGUGCCGGAACCUGUCGUUGUCGAGCGUAUCGUUGAGCGCAUUGUCGAGCGUGAGCCAACGCUUCCUCAAUUGUCUGUCUCUUGGCUGGACCCGACCUUUACGCACCCGGUUGCACCUAAAAAGAUCGAGCUUCCUGCUCUGCCUAGCCCCACGAUUGCUGCUUUAAGGUCGAUCGAGACCCAUCCCAUCCAGUAUGUCCCGCGCGUCGUUCCUCCGAUGACCGACCUCGGCAUUCAAACAGACCCAAUGGAGGAGCCCACAGCUGCAGCAGUCCUCGUCCAUGAAGAUGAGACCAGUGACUCUAUUCGCAGCAAUGGGGAUAUCCCCAGCAGUGAACGGCGAACAAGCACUGGCUUGGCUCUGAGCGACAUUUCUGGUCAUGCUUUGCCUCAUACUGGUAGACAGCCCUUCAGCUCUGUCAGCAUGGAUCAGGGCGCUCAAACCAUUCUGUCCGCGAAGCAGAUCGAUCAGCUCCUCAUGGAACGGAUAGCUCAGCGUCCGCCUUCUAAUGAAAGCAAUCACACGAAAGACAUGGCAUUGGCUGCUGCUACUACCGCAACUGCAGCUGCCGCUGCAGCUGCCGCUGCCGCCGCGUCACCAUAUGCUACCCCCAAGCUAAGACCUCGCUCUCAACAGCAACUGUCCAGAUCCGGGACUCCCAAAAGACCGGAUACAGCGACCAGCCAGGCCUCUGGCGUGAGCUCUCACCCGCCUCUGCCUUCAGAUCACCGCGAAGCUAUCCUGGCGGCCGAGAAGAAGUCAAUCGAUGUGCCCCCGCCAUCCCCCGGUACCAUGGGUCCUCCCUUGGCCCCGGCCUCUGCCUAUCGUAUGAACGUGCAAGGCCCUCGAACGCCAAGCGAGAGUGCCAACCGCGCUGGAUCCACCAAGACCGUAUCUACUCAGGCUCACGUGAGAAGGGGAAGUCAAAGCCAGAUGUCCAGGCGGUCAUCUGUGUCCUCGUUUGCUUCCGAGCUCGAGGAGCGGUUCAACAUGAACCCUCACGCUGGCCCCAUGCCUCAUGGCCAUGGGCCUAAUACUGAUCCUCGCAUGAUCCAGGCGAUCACACAGACAAUGAUCGGCGAGUUCCUGUGGAAAUAUACCCGAAAAACCGGUUCAGCGGACAUGUCGUCCACUCGCCAUCGGCGGUACUUCUGGGUUCACCCCUAUACUCGUACCCUAUACUGGAGUGAAUCGGACCCGCAGACUGCCGGAAAGAGUGAGCUUCGGACCAAAAGUGUGCCAAUCGAGGCUCGAAGCUUGGAGGUUGUCAGUCCUGGCCGUCGCGUCCGCUUCACUGCCAGCACCAGUCAACGGCACGAGACGUGGUUCAAUGCCUUGUCUUACCUCCUCUUGCGCGAGACCAAUGACAACUGCGAGGACCACGACAAUAAUGUGACCUUGGAUGAUAUUGAUGAAUUCAAUCCUGGAUUCCGCUCGGCUUCUCAUCAGACAGCCCGAAUGUCACUGUCUUCUCAUAACAGUCACACCCUCCGCGGCAAGCCUAAGCAACAACGUGCAGCCUCUGCAAUGUCCAUGCGCUCAACUGGAACUCACGGCCGUGCGUCUCCCGCACUUAGCACUGGGGCGCCAAACUCCACGUUGCAAGUACCCGAGGAACCCCCGCAACGGUCUUCAUCCCGCCUCAGUUCCAUUCUGAACAGCUCGAUCCGAGGAUCAAUUGCUAGUCUGAAGGGACGCCAUGGUGCCCAGUCCCCCAGUCUCCACAACGAAAGCCUACGUGAUCAGAACAGUAUUGAGAAUCUUGGACAUACCCACGACCAUGAUGACGGAGACCGACUUGAGAACGUGCGUGCCUGCUGCGAUGGCAAACACGACGUGGGCUCGCUGUCCCGUACCAGCCGGUACAGCCCGCGGGUCGACCGCAUCCACUCGCAUCACUAA